ACAUCUCUCUGUUUAAACUCGAGCGGUGAGUGACAUAUGAGCUCAUUUGUUCACGACUGCUUUUCCUGUCCCUGAGAGCGAGCGAGAGACAGAAAGAGAGAGUGAGACAUCACCAAAGAAAACCUGCAACAUGAACAGCACAGCAGAGGACCUGCUGAUCAUCUAUGAGACAGAUGCUGAGCAAUGGGCCUCCUACCUACGCUCCGUCUUGGUGGGGCCCGUCCCGGAGGGCGGGGUGUGUUGCUAUGACAUCGCCACGGUGUCCAGCAGGCGGGAUGACUUCCUGUCGCUGGUGCGGUACCGGUGCAAGCUGCUGGUCCUGAGCAAGGGGAUGCUGGAGGGCCUGUGCCAGAUGCGCCGGUUCUUCCUGGCGCGGGUCCUGCGGCCGGCCGGCAGUGUGGUGGUGCUCCUGUGCGGGGUGGAGAGCGUGACGCCGCUGCUGCAGAUGGUGCCUCUGGAGGAGGGCUGCCUGGAGAUCUCCAGCGAGCAGGACGCUCAAGAGUACCUGAGCAUUGUCACUGAGAUCGUGCAGAGAGGUCCCCAGACUGUGACGGAUGUUGGUGCCCUCACGACACGAGUGGCGGGACUGGAACUGAAGGAUCAGAAGCUUCCAGCCAUGGCUCCGCCUACCAGACCCCCCUUGAUAGUGCUGCCCGCCAGGGUACCCUGUGAGGACCCAGGAGAGGUGUAUAUUCUGCUGCAGGAUGCUGUGAACAGUAAUGAUGUGGAGGUGGAGUUUCAAGGCAAGAAGGAGAGGACACGAGUAAAACCUGUACUCUGGAAUGAACAAACGCUCUGUGUGAAAGCUGCAGACUUCCCUGCAGGUGUGGUGGAUGUGACGCUGUACUGUGGCGGGACGGCAAGGGGGAAGGCGACGCUGCAGUACUACUCCACCAUGGGCGAGGUGGCGCUGCUCCUCCAGAAAGCAGCAGACCCCCUGGAGUUCAUGCUGCAGGCCUUCCAGGUGUCCACACCCAAGCUGCUGGACCAAGUGCUGUCCUCGGCCCUGAUGAAGCAGAUGCCAGCAGGAGGGUUCCAGAGCUUGCAGUGGGAUGCAGACCAGGAGGGCGAGGGACAUUCUGAGGAUCUUCCCACCCUGCUGCACUUUGUGGCCCAGAACGGCCUGUUGGGCGUGGCCAGUGUGCUCCUGCAGUGCCCGGGGGCAGAGCACGCACUCAGCAUCGCCAAUCGCCAAGGGGACACGCCCCUGAAGCUCGCCGAGAGGCACGGCCACUCCCAGCUCCAGAUCUUCCUGCAGGAAACUCUGAACUUGUCCAAGGGCGUCACAAGGGAGGACGGCGAAGACACAGACAUUUACGAGAAGAUGGGGUCUGCAGCUAACGCCCAGAUCGAAGACAUCCACGGGGGAGGGUGCAGUGACGAGGGAGGGGCCCAGGAAGAGGAGGAGGAGGAGGAAGAGGACCCUUACACACCUGUCAGUGUUCAUGAAGAAGAGUACGACACAAUUGUGGCCUCCAGCAAAGCCAUGAUGAUUGCCAAUCGGCCCCCCGUCCCGAUCCCCAGACCUGAGACCACGAAAGAGGACAGUACACCUUACAUCACACAAGUUUUCCAGAAGAAGAUGUCUCAAGGAGAACCCAACAUGUUUUAUUCUCUAUCCACUAAACAAGCCCGCGGGAGCAUCCCCUCCACCUACGACACGAUGGCGCCCAGCCAGCCGCCGGGCCUGCAGGAGCUCAUCGAGCUGCAGGAGCAGGUGAAGCAGGGCUCGCUCUCCAUGGACCAAGCCCUGGAGCGCUUCAGCGACUGGCAGCGCGAGCAGAAGGGCCUGGACUCCAUACAGCAGGAGAAACUCCGUCAGCUGAGGGCAAGCAUCAUCAACAACAGAGAGGAUGAUGAAAACGUCUAUGAUAAAAUCAGCAUCAUUCAUCACACACCAGAUGUGAGCAAAUGUGAUGAGAGAAGGAGGAGUUGCCCUGUUGCGACAGAUUUCUACAGCAAGCCACUGAAAGGACAACAUUCUAACUUUAAGAAGGUGGACAAGCAGUAGACGUUUUUGUCUCUGUCUCUAUUAUCUGCUCAGCUGCAUUGCUUGGUUGCUCUGCUGCUUGGAGGAACACUGAAAAGAGACAUAUCUAUCAUCUAAUAUGUCCUGUAGCUUCCUCCCUUUUGUCCUUUUUGUAGUUCUUGAUGUUUUGACUACAAUAACUACUAAUAACUUAUCUACGAAUAACAAAUUUAAUACCUUGUUUAGUUUUAAAUUAUUUUUGUUGUCUUUUUCACAGUAAUUUUAUUCUAUUGCAUCUAUUAAGACCUUUUUAGUUGGUUGCCUGAACUGCUUGUGAGUACAGUUAGGCAGCACUUAUAAAGCUCUUCCAUGUAGAUUGCUCUUGAUUGCUCUUGUGAGCUUGCUUGCUUUUGUAAGUGGUUAUUUGAGCUUAAUUUGUAGUAAACGUGUAACCUGGAUGAAACAUGCACAAUGUUAAAAAAAAUAAAUGGAAAAAAUAAA